GUUUUGCAUCAAUCUCAAAACGCAAUAGUUUUUUGCAAUGUAACCAGAAAUAGAUUCAAAAUGAGUGCAAUAUUAAAAUUUAUCCGCGAAAACCACAUAUUGGCUCUUAUAGAACAGACCAUUGCCAAAAAGAAGUCGCGUUUGAGUCUGAACGCCUACGAAAUCACAGAAAUACCGGGCCUUCUGUACACCUGUCUGGAAGUAGAACAUCUGUAUUUACAUAGAAACAAAAUUACCAAUGUUCCAGUACAAAUAACUCAACUAGUGAACCUCACGACGUUAACAUUAGACUAUAAUAAUAUAGAUUCGCUUCCAGCGGAAAUAGGUAACUUAAAGAACCUUGUGAACUUAAAUAUUAGUUACAAUCCUUUAAAAGUUUUGAUACCUGAAAUUGGCGACCUAGAGAACUUGGAGGCCUUUUGGUGCAACAGGAUAGGCUUAAGAGAGAUCCCAAAAGAAAUUGGAAAAUUGGAGAAACUAGAUACAUUUGGAGCAAGAGGAAAUGAGCUUAAAACUAUACCUGAGGAAAUGACCAAACUUUCGCGAUUAAGAUGGCUAACUCUAGAGAAUAACUUAAUAGAAACUCUACCAAACACAAUGGAUAGGAUGGAGACACUUGUGCACUGCAACCUGCGGAACAAUAGGAUCAGAGAAUUCCCUGAAUCUGUGCUCCGUUGCUCUGAGCUCAUGUUCCUACAACUCAAUAACAACGAGAUAUCGUUUUUACCUGACGACUUCAGCACCAGUUUCUUAUCUUCACUUGAGAUGAUUGAUUUGAGGCAAAACCCUAUAUGUGAACUGUCCCAUCCAGAGCACCACCUAGUCCGGUACUCAGAUGAGAUACCAACAGCGGAUGGUACAGGAGAAGUAUCGUCGCAAGCAUCCACUGGUAGCCGCCAGGGGGCGCAGGCGUUAGCUAUCAACGCGACGGCGCUCCGGUUGCCCGCAGUGCCCGCGCCGAGACAUGCCGACCCAAUGGCCAUAGCUGAAAUGGACUUGGAUGCGUCAUCUGUGGAGUCGUCUGAAGACUGGGAGAAUAGUGUCAAUAGCUCAGAGCUGGAUGUUCAGUACCAGAGCGAUGAGGAACGAGCCGAGAAUGAGGCGGUCGGCAUGGUGUUGCCAGAACUGUCCCGGUACGCUUCUACUGCGAGUUGAACCACAGACAAAUGCAGAACGACUACUUCACUAUUGAAACCGCGUACUCACUUCGAACGCACAAGUUAUAUUAACAUUUUUAUAUAAUGAAAUAAAUGUUAUAACUUGUUAUCAUAAAAUGUCAUAUCGGAUUUUGACUUAAUAUUCAUUAUUAUAAGGUUUAUAACCAAAAGGGAAUAUUAAGCAAGGCUCGGAGUAGGUGGCAGCACUAGCAGACUUAGUAGACAAAGAAACAUUUUCGAACAUUUUGUCUUUUGAGAUGAAUGAUUCUCUUCCUUCUUAUAUCCAAAUAUGCAGUAAUAGUUUAUUAUUAGAUAAAAUUAUGAUUUUUAAUUAAAAAUUAAAAAAACUGUUAAUGCCUACUAUACUCACUAUGACUUUACCCUUUGCUCACUGUUCUAUGGGUAACGUCUGAUAUUUAUAAAAAAAAACUGUUUAGAUUCUGUCUCACGAACGAAGUCCCGCGGCAUAAAUCUUAUUCCUUUUUUAAUAAAAGCGAAAACUGCGAGGUACUUAUUUCGCGAGACA